UUGACAUGCUACAUCGUGAAGCAUGUUGAGUUUGAAAAAAAGCAAUAAAGCUUUCUUUUUUAGUGAAAUAUCACUACUUGUUCGCCAUUGCCGCUCUUGAGAGACACUGGGCUUUCUUGUCGUUGUGAAUUCACCGGUGUUCAUCAUGAUAUUCACGUUUAAAUAGAUGGUGAAUCAGAAGCAAGCUAAGUAGCUGAAGCUGCUAAAAUACCAUGUUGCCUGAAUUAUUGCAAGGAACUGAUGCCGGAGGGUUUCUUAUAAUACAAGAUUCUGUUAAUUAUUCUGGUCGACACCUCCUGUGGAGCUUCAUCAAUGCUGCACUGAACAGGGAGGAGGCUGUCCACGUGCUUGGCUUUGAGGUCAGUGAGGAAGAGCUCAAAGAUGGUCUGAAAGGAUCACACAUUCAAAGGCUACACUUUCACGAUGCAUACACUGACCCCCUUGGCUGGACUGAUCAACCAGCGUUCACAGUUCACCAGUUCUGUUUGGAGAAACUUACGCAUCUCAUCAAGCAGACAUCACAGCACAAACCUGCUACUUUAGUGAUCGACUCUCUUUCGUGGAUUCUGAGACAUCGCAGUCCUCCUGAUGUCUGCAAGACUCUCCAGCAACUUAAAAAAGGGGGAGCUGUUAGAGUGAUCAUCGGUCUGCUGCAUGCAGAUAUGCAUCAGCGGGGUAUUGUGGGAAGUGUAUGUCACUUGGCUUCUUCAGUCAUCACUGUGGCACCUGGAAUGAAGGGAGAUGAAGCGGUGGCAAAGACAACAAAGCGCUCAAAAUCAGGGAAGGUUAUGCAAGAGGAGGCGAUUUUCUGUAUCAAAGAAGAUCUUACAGUCGUCGUACAGAGUAAGCCCAGUCAUCUCGGAUCCAGACAGACAGACCCCGAGGAACAAGAGACGGACCCAACAGCCAACUUAACCUUUAACCUUCGCUUAUCGGACACAGAGCGCAAGGCCAAGGAAAAACUUGCACUUCCCUUUGUCUUCAGUAAAGAGAAGAAAUCAGCUCUGCUUCACUCAGGCCCGGGUUCAGGACGGAUUCUGUACGAGCCUGAUGCCAACGACGACUAUGACCAGGAGGAUCCUGAUGAUGAUCUUGAUGUGUAGGCUCAGGGCAUAAAUAUUAUGCAGUAUGUGUCCUCUUUGCCAUUCAUGUUGAGCAGAAUGAUCGCCUUAACAACGUCUUAAGAAGCUUUGAAGAUAUAAAAUAAUGCCUAAUAUUUCUGUUGGAAAUCUGUAUACUGUUUAUAAAAGGAUUUUAUUCAAAAGCUUUAACUAAUAAUAUUGAUCCCAUAAUUUUUUUUUUUUACAUGUAGUUUCUUCUCAUUGAAUAAAA